AUGGCGCAGAGUUUUGAUGGUUGGUUGAAUAGUUUAGGCCCUUUCACGAGGUAUACUCUCAUUGCCGUGGUGCUUCUCACAGCCCUUGCCUCAAUGCAGGUUGUUCCACUUGGCUACAUCCUGCUUUCAUCGGCUGCCUUUAAGGAACUUCAGCUAUGGCGUCUCAUCACUGCCGCCUUGUUUUUUGGUGGGUUUUCCUUUCCCUGGCUUAUCUCUGUCGCCAUGUUUGUGUCGUACCUGAACUACAACGAGACGUAUGACUUCAAUGGGAAAGGUGGGGACUUUAUAUGGAUGGGACUUUUCCUUAUUCUCGGGAACGCCAUGGGUGCCAUUCUGCUUGAUAUGCUUGUUACCAGCUUUUCCUUGUUGAUGUCACUCUGCUGGGUCUUCUGCAAACGGCACCCGGAACUGCGCAUGAAUCUCUAUGGAUUUGAUUUCCAUGCCAACACAUUCCCAUGGAUUCUUCUUGCAUUUCACCUCAUUCUUGGGCAGAGCAUUGUGGGCGACAUUCUUGGCAUUGUUGUGGGUCAUGUCUUCUUCUUCUGUAGGGAUGUGUUGCCCAAGACGCAUAGGAUGGAUCCACUCCGUACGCCCGUCUGGUUUCAGCGGUAUGUGAUGCCGAAUGUUGGUUUUUCCGGUGUCAACACGUUGUACCCGGCCGUUCACCCGCAAGAUGCGAGGUUUUCUCGCCAGGCACAACCCCCCAAUGCCGGACAACGGCAUCGCUGGGGAGCAGGAAAUGUCCUUGGUUCCGAGUGA